UUGAGAAGGAGAUUCUGAUAGACAGAGAGAUAAAGUAACAGGUAAGUAGAAGAGUAGAAGCGGUGGCGGCGGUGACAAGCAGCAGCAGCAGAAGCAGAAGCAAGACGCGGAAGGAAAGAAAGGAAGGAAGAAAGAAAGCAGAUUUUGUAAUUCAGUUGUCGCGUGUCUCUGCCUCUGACUAAGUUCUCUGUCUGUCUGUCUGUCUUUCUCCCUCUCUCUCUCUCUCUCUCUUUUCUCUCUCUCUCUCCCUCUCUCUAUGGCACUGGUUUAUCGUAGCUUGCAUGCAAAUGGAUAGGUCUUUAUUUCCUCUUCAUCGUCGUUGUUUCUCUCAUUACCGUCACCACCACCACCACCAUCAUCCGUUUUAUUAUUGUUACUAUCAUUUUCUGACGCUGAAGUUUUUUUGGAUUUAAAUGAAAAAAGAAAAAGUGAAAAAGAGGGAGAGAGAGUGAUAGAGAGAAGGAACGAAUGCGAAGGAAAAAAGGAAAACCAAAGAAUAGCAUAAAAACAAAUUGGUGACAGAGGUGAACGAUAUAUAUUCACACACAUAUAUAUAUAUAUAUAUAUAUAUGUGUACACUUAUAUACAUACGUAUGUAUGUAAAUAUAUAUACAUCACCGCUGUCAAAAGGCCAAAAACAUCGAGGGGAAAAAAUUACAAAUAUUUUGGAAGAAAGAAAACACAAUCGAAAAUAUUUAUGUUAUACAAUAUUUUCUUUUGCAUAAAUAUAUGUAUAUAUACAUAUAUUUAAGCCUUUUUUGUAUGUGUAUGUUUACAUAUUAACAGUUGAAUGUAUUGAACCGUUUUUCUUGUUGUUGUUGUUGUUGUUUUGUCUGUGUAAAAUACACAUCUGCACAUUCUUGCAAAUACCCACAUCUUACAUAUCCGCCAAUAAUAUCGAAUACUUACACACAGCACACACACACAUACACACACACACACACACACACACACACACAUAUAUAUAUAUAUAUAUAUAUAUAUAUAUAUAUAUACACGUUACUAUUCUAGAGUGCAGUGUCACGUUUUGCAUUAUUUGGAAACUAUUUUUUUAGAUACAUUUUGGUUACCUUCUCUCUCUCUCUCUCUCUCUCUCUGUUUCACUUUUGGAAACCAGUUGCUUUGACGACCCUCACACCUCCUUAAAGCAAUCUUUGAGUAACUUUUUUUCUCUUCCUUAUUUUUUGAUUUUGUUUUUUUCUUGGUUGUAUUUUAGCCUUGUUUUCCGUAUUUAUCUUUUGUUGAUUUUAUUGUAAUUAUAAUUCUUUUCUAAAAAAGAAAAAAAGAAAGAAAGAAAAAAGAAGUAUAUCACUGCAUUAUUUGUGUCUUUAUAUUCUCACACGUAAAUUCGGAUUCUUAAGAACUUCCUUUUCUUUUCUGUUGAAAACUUCGUCAUUUUUUUCUUUCUUUCUUGCGACUUUACCGUUAAAUAAUAGUUUCUCCUGUUUAUAUGAAGUAGUCCCAUCUUUAAGCAACUUUCCAUUUAAAAUUAUUUAAAAAUUCAAAGUCCAAAGUGAAAUUCUUUGCAUCACAAAUAUACAUACAUAACAGCAAGAACAACAGGAAAUAUAUUUUUUUAUUUAUUCCCUUUAUUUUUACACACAAGCAUAUAUAUAUUCUCUUAUUAAUCUCUCCCACCGUGUUGUUGUUUCCAAAGUAAGCGUGCGCGUAUCUGCUACUCUCUCCAUCUCUCUCAGUCUCGUGUCUGUCAGAAGCAAUGAGCUUUGAGAUUCCACCCGGAUUAACCGAACUUCUACAGGGUUUUACCGUGUCUGUACUCAGAGAACGGCCAGCCAACCUCAUCCAAUAUGCUGCAGACUAUUUUACCAAACUCAACAAAACUAGCCAAAGUUCUCUGUUUUCCUCUCCCGGGAGACGAAAAGAUGAAUGGCAGACAGGUUUAUCGAAACAGUCUUCUGCCACCACGGAGGACAGCGGCGAAGAUGACUUCCCACCGGAAGAAACAAGGAAAAUGAGCUUCUUACGACGAAAAUCUGUUUGUGCUGAAGCUUAUGAUCCAGAACAAGAUCAAGGGGAGGAAGAAGUAAAAGUAAUACAUCCUAAAAAUGAUGAACAAAGGAAACGAUUGAAUGAGGCAACAAAGAAUAUUUUGCUGUUUAGAAAUUUGGAGCCAGAAAGAUUACUGAAUGUUGUUGAUGCAAUGUUUGAAAGAAAGGUAGAACAAGGAGAGAAAGUGAUUCAUCAAGGCGAUGACGGGGACAACUUCUAUGUGAUUGACAGUGGACAGUAUGAUGUUUAUGUUGAAGUAGAUGGACAUCAUAAAAAAGUUGGAGAAUAUGAUGGACAAGGCUUUUUUGGAGAAUUAGCUCUUAUGUACAAUGUCCCACGAGCAGCCACAGUGGUCUGCUCUGCACCAGGCUCUGUAUGGGCCUUAGACAGAGUUACCUUUCGAAGAAUUGUAUUAAAGGAUGCUUUUAAUCGAAGGAAAAUGUACACUGACUUGAUUGAGAGUGUUCCCUUGUUCUCAUGCCUUGAUAAUUAUGAAAAGUUAAACAUUGCUGAUGCUUUACAUUCACAAUCCUUUGAAGAUGGUGAAGUGGUACUAAGACAGGGAGAUGAUGCAAACUGCAUGUAUUUUGUGGAAGAUGGAGAAGUCAGUAUCACUGUCAAAAAGGGAGAUGAAUCAGUAGAAGUUAAAAGAUGUGGUAAAGGCAGUUAUUUUGGUGAACUAGCUUUACUUACUCAUAAACCGAGGGCAGCAACGGCCACAUCAAUGGGACAUUCCAGAUUUGCAGUGUUAAGUGUUGGAGCAUUUGAACGCCUUUUGGGCCCUUGCAUGGAAAUUAUGAAGAGAAACAUAGAAACUUAUGAAGAACAACUCAUUAAUAUAUUUGGAUCUGAAAACAAUAUCUCUGACCUUCGGUGAACUUUAUUCCUACAUAAUAUUCAACAUUGAAUGAUGUUUGCUCUAUUUCCACUCCGGCUGCCACUGCUGUUCCUGCCUGUUAGAAUUCACAGAGAAACUGAACGUUGGACAAAAAUAUUCUUGGUGAUCUCCAAAACAGAUAUUUUAUACUGUCAUGUAUAUGUGGUGCAGACUUUAACAAGUGUAGAUGUGCAUAAAAAUUGGAAAAAAAUUAUUCAAACUAA